AUGGCAGGUAGUGCCAAUGGAGAAUCUGAAAGUCGGAAGCUUGUCGAAGCAGGAAAUCUUUGUGAAAGAAGAAAUGGGAGAGGAGUUGAUCUUAAUAGGAAUUGGAGUGUAGAAUGGGGAAAGAAGGAGAAGGACUAUGAUCCAUAUGAAGAGAAUCCUGGAAUUGCUCCUUUCAGUGAGCCUGAGACCCAAAUCAUGCGGAAACUUGCCAUAUCAUUUGAUCCUCACAUAUGGAUUAAUGUACAUUCUGGAAUGGAGGCACUAUUUAUGCCGUAUGACCACAAAAACAGAACCCCAGACGGAUUGCCUUCACAACAAGUGAGAUUGUUGCUUGAAGAGUUGAAUAACGUUCAUUGCCACAAGCGUUGCAUGAUUGGUUCUGGUGGAGGUUCUGUCGGGUAUCUGGCACACGGGACGGCAACGGAUUACAUGUAUGAUGUUGUAAGAGUUCCCAUGUCAUUCACCUUUGAGAUCUAUGGAGAUAGUACGGCUUCAACAAAAGACUGCUUUAAAAUGUUCAAUCCAGUUUACCAUACCACCUUCAAGAGAGUUCUCAAUGUCUGGGCUGCUGCUUUUUUCACAAUAUUUAAGCCGGGACAACAUCAGAUUGAUGUCCAAUCCAAGGCUGCUGUACCUAAGGUGGACAAAUGGGUAUCCAUUGAUGACUACUUCGAUGGUUACUUGAUGGGAAGGAGAAACAGAUACGGGAAGAAGAUGGAGGUUCCCGAUGUCGGGAUGCAGGAAAUAAGAACGUAUUUCAGACUUUUCAUGCUGUCCUCCGUACUGUUAUUUUUCAUGUUCUGUUCUCGAAUUUCAUAAGCCAGCAGACAAAUUGUUUCGGCCAUUCCUCUUUGAACUUUUAGAGAGAAUACGGACUCAGAAUAACAGCACAUUACAGUCUUUUGAAAAAGAUGUAGGUUGUGAUUUUGUACACGUUAAUUAGAGGACCUCUUCUUCUGUAAGUUGAUCUUCCUAGAUAACGUAGAUAGUAAUUUUUGCCAUUUCU